AACAAAAGGAAAAGACCACCUUCUUCUCUCAUUUCAGACUCAACUGUAGGAGCUAAAGGCAAGAAGAUGAUUGGUCCUGAAUCUUGAAUUUCUGGGGAAUGAAAAUUCACGUAAGACGAUGUCAGACAAACUCACAGUGCUAGAGCCCUCUGCCUCUGCGUCCAGGGAAUUUCGUGAAGACAAAUUAGCACAGCUGUUGGGGAACCCAGAAGGGCAGAGCCUGGAGAGUCCCCUCUCUCAGGAUGGGGGCUGCAAACAGUUAACAGUGACGCACUGGAAAAUCCAAACAGGAGAAACAGCCCAGAUGUGUAGUAAGUCAGGAAGAGACCCUAUUCUCAGCUCAAGCCUCCUCAUGCUUCAGAGAGAGCUCACGGAAGGGGAGGCCCAUCCUUGUGGCGCUGCUGGCAGGAGCUUCCCGUUUGGGUCAAGUGUAGUUCCACGUCAGAUUUCUCACCCAGGGGAGAAGCAAUACAAGUGUGAUCACUGUGGGAAAGGCUUCAGUCAGAGCUCUCUCCUCACUGAACACCAGAGAGUCCACAGCGGGGACAGGCUGUCCGUGUGCAACGUGUGUGGGAAAGACUUGACUCACUAUGCGAACCUGAUCGAACACCAGCAUGUUCAUACGGGAGAAAAGCCGUUCAAGUGUGCUCAGUGUGGGAAAGCAUUUUGUCACAGUUCAGAUCUUCUUCGGCACCAGAGAGUUCACACCCGUGAGAGGCCUUUUGAGUGCAAAGAGUGUGGGAAAGGCUUUAGUCAGAGCUCCUUACUCAUUCGCCAUCAAAGAAUUCACACGGGAGAAAGGCCCUAUGAGUGUAACGAGUGUGGGAAAUCCUUCAUUCGGAGCUCGAGCCUUAUCCGGCAUUACCAGAUCCACACAGAAGUCAAACAGUACGAGUGCAGAGACUGUGGGAAAGCCUUUCGACACCGCUCGGACCUCAUCGAGCACCAGAGAAUCCACACUGGAGAGAGACCCUUCGAGUGUCGCGAGUGUGGGAAGGCCUUCAUCCGCAGCUCGAAGCUCGUUCAGCAUCAGAGGAUUCACACCGGAGAGCGGCCUUACGUGUGCACCGAGUGCGGGAAGCGCUUUAGCCAGACGUCCAACUUCACGCAGCACCAGAGAAUCCACACUGGGGAAAAACUCUACGAGUGUAACGAGUGUGGGAAGGCCUUCUUCCUGAGCUCCUACCUCAUACGGCACCAGAAGAUCCACACUGGGGAGCGGGUGUAUGAGUGUAAAGAGUGUGGCAAGGCUUUCCUGCAGAAGGCCCACCUCACCGAGCAUCAGAAGAUCCACACUGGAGACAGGCCCUUUGAGUGCAAGGACUGUGGCAAAGCCUUCAUUCAGAGCUCUAAGCUGCUGCUGCAUCAGGUUGUUCACACUGGGGAGAAGCCCUAUGUGUGCAGCUACUGUGGGAAAGGCUUCAUCCAGAGGGCCACCUUCCUUCAGCACCAGAAGAUGCACUCGGAAGAGAAGCCCCACCAGUACAGUCAGCGUGGAGGCCAUCUUCCCCCGGAGCUCGUCGACCAGGAGGACCUUGCCUUGACUGACACCACCAUUCAUUUAGGAGAGAGGUCUGCAGAGCAGGGGUGUCGUGCAGAUAAUGUAUAAGACACCCUCUCUGAGUAAGCGGUGCUCGGAAACGGGCACACUUGGUAUAUGUGUGGCCUCUAAGCUGUGAGGUGUCACACUUCCCAAGUCACAGAGGGGCUGCUUAUGCCUAGGCCUGUUGUCUGUUAACCAGGGCAGGAAAGCGGAGGGACUGGUCAGCUGAUCUUGAGCUGUACACUGAGGGAGAGACUCUAGAGAAUGUUCUAGAUGUUAUUUGCAGUUACAGCACACCCUCAAGUUAAAUCCUCUGUGAGCACAGCUGUAUUAUUACUUGAGAAGUGGUUACCUAGCUGAAAGGUGAGAGAAAGGAGCUUUUCUCAUGCAAAACUGAAAGUUGGUUCUCUGUUGUCUGGGACUAGUUCAUCUCCAAGCCAUGGGAUUCGUCUCCUCGACUGUUUGAGUCCUGGUAAUUACAGUUGAUGUGUGUGGCUGCCCAUGUCCUCCAGGCUGCUCCCACUCCUGACGGAGCUCCCCCUUUCUC